AACUUCUAACUUCUAAGGUGCACAUGCACAUUGUAAAUUUCUCCGUCAGCAAAACUGCCUUCAAAAUUCUGAGCUCCUCCUCAAGAAUCUUUCGAGUUUAAACUGUAAUAAGCACAAGCUCAAAACUUGCAUGGAUCCAAGUGCUGGAAAACGAGCAAAAGCUUGAAAUUUGACUCCGAAAAUGUUCGCUCUUUCCAAUCAAAUUCCCAGAAACAACCACACCACUCUUCUUCCAUAUCUCAAUCUCCUUCCUCACAACCUCACCACCACCACCACCGCUCCACCACCACCACCACAAGACGAAACCUCCAUUGCCAACCUAGUCCUCAAAUCCGACCCACAAACCCUAACCACAGCCCUACAAAACCACCCAGUUCAAUGGACACCCGAAUUGGUCACCAGAGUCCUCAAACGCCUCUGGAACCAUGGUCCCAAAGCUCUCCAAUUCUUCAAAAUCCUCGAUCGCCACCACUCCUACACCCACUCCUCCGCCGCCUUCGACCACGCCGUCGACAUCGCCGCCCGAUUGCGCGACUACAAGACCCUCUGGACCCUCGUCGCUUCCAUGCAGACUCGCCGCCUCGGACCCACCCCCAAAACCUUCGCAAUCAUCACCGAAAGGUACGUGGCCUCUGGCAAACCCGAUCGAGCUGUUAAAAUUUUCUUGUCAAUGCACCAUCAUGGUUGUCCUCAGGAUUUGAAUUCGUUCAAUACUAUUCUUGAUGUUCUCUGCAAAUCUAAGCGUGUCGAAAAGGCUUAUUCGCUUUUGAAGAUUUUUAGGGGUAGAUUUAGGGCUGAUACUGUUAGUUAUAACAUAAUUGCAAAUGGGUUUUGUUUAAUUAAGAGAACGCCCAAGGCGUUGGAGGUUUUGAAGGAGAUGGUGGAGCGAGGAUUGAAUCCGAGUCUGAUUACGUAUAAUAUAUUGCUUAAAGGGUUUUUUAGGGCAGGUCAAAUUGAGGAAGCUUGGGAGUUUUUCUUGGAGAUGAAGAAUAGAAAAUGUGAGAUUGAUGUUGUUACUUAUACUACUGUGGUUCAUGGGUUUGGUGUUGUGGGUGAGGUAAAAAAGGCUCGAAAGGUGUUCGAUGAAAUGAUUGGCAAAGGUGUCCUUCCUUCGGUGGCAACGCAUAAUGCAUUAAUUCAGGUUUUGUGUAAGAAAGAUAGUGUAGAAAAUGCAAUUGUGGUAUUUGAGGAGAUGUUAAGGAAGGGUUAUGUGCCUAACUCGAUGACUUAUAAUGUGGUGAUUAGAGGAUUGUGUCAUGUGGGGAAAAUGGAUAUGGCUAUGGAAUAUGUGCAUAGAAUGAAGAAUGAUGAGUGUGAGCCAAAUGUUCAGACUUACAAUCUUGUGAUUCGUUAUUAUUGUGAAGCUGGAGAAAUUGACAAGGGUUUAGAAGUGUUUGAGAAAAUGGGAAGUGGGGAUUGUUUGCCCAAUUUAGAUACAUAUAAUAUUUUGAUAAGCGCGAUGUUUGUCAGGAAGAAAUCGGAUGAUUUGUUGGUGGCUGGGAAGUUGCUGAUAGAGAUGGUUAAUAGAGGGUAUCUGCCUCGGAAGUUCACUUUUAAUCGUGUCUUGAAUGGGCUUUUGCUUACUGGUAAUCAAGGUUUUGCAAAAGAAAUUUUGAGAUUGCAGAGCAAAUGUGGCCGGCUUCCUCGUCAGUUCAGAUUGUAAAUCACAUUUUGGCUAAGCUACUAUAAAAUAUUGCUUAACUCACGUCCUUUGUGUGAUUGUAAAAUGAUUCACCAUUCAAAAACAUUCAUAUGGUUGUUGAGGCUGUCCAGAUUUAUAUUGUUCACAAAAUGCUUCCAUUUGACAUUGAUGGCAUGAUAACAUUAUGCGAAUGUUGAAGCUCCUGAAUGCAGUUUGGAGUGUUAUUGCUUCUUCUCCCUUUGGAAUAGAAAUUUGAUUGGUCACCCAAUUUGUGACUUUAAAGCCUACUGUUUAAGUGCUUCACAGGAUGGAAUUGUUGUUAAGAAGAUAUCGCAAGGAAGAGGUUCAACAAUGGAGGCUAAACAAAACCAAGCCUUGUAACCCAAUCAAUUGAGGAAAAGUACGCUCAGAUUUGAAAAUUGGAGGCCUAGAUUUGAAAAUGUUGAGACUCUGAGAUGGGGAAUUUGAUUUUUCUGAGAGCCUAUUGGCUUUGGUCCAUGAUCAGUAGGAAUCACCUUUGAAGAUCAGAGCAAAUUAUACAAAUGAAUUUUGACCAAGCAGGAACUGGGGAUCAAAGUUCACGGUAGUUGGGGCCUCUUAGAAGAAUCCAUGACUUCAUUGUUGAUGUGAUCCUGAUGCAGUUUGGAGAAUGAGUGCUUGUUUUCCCUUUUGGUACGAAAUUUGAGUAGUCACCCAACUUGUGACUUCAAAUCCCCCCAUUCAAAGAGCGUCAAAGGAUAAAAUUGUUGUUAUGCAGAUCUCACAAGGAAGGUUGAACAAUGGAAGCUAAACCAAACCAAGCCUUGUGACCCAACAAUUGAGGAAAAGUGUGCCCAGAUUUAAAAAUUGGAGGCUCAGAUUUGAAAAUGGUAAGACUGAGAUGGGGGAUUUGAUUUUUCUGAAAGCCUAUUGGCUUUGGGUCAUGAUCAGUAGAAAAUUCCUUUGCAGAUUAGAGCAAAUGAUACAAAUGAAAACAUGUUGGUGAUUUGGUCAGAUUGAUAUUUCUCAUGCGUUGAUUACUAUUUCCAUCUCAUUUUUGCUGUUACCACUGUCAUCUAAUCUGAUACCAGCUAUUUGUCUGUCUUCCUAUGCUCUUUUUGGUUCCAUCAAACACAGAAUAAAUGACAAGGUUUCAAAAUCCCCUGAUAGUAUGUGUGUGUAUGUGAGGAGGUUUGAUUGAAUUUGGUACACUUUUUAGGUCUUUUCUAUUUGUUCAGUAAUGUUACUGAACAAAUAUGUUUAAUUGAUCAUGCCAAUUGCAUCAAUAUGUUUAUAAACUCCUGUGAUAGAGAGUGUGUGUGUGUGUGUGUGUGUGUGUGUGUGUGUGUGACAGAGAGAGGUUUUAGUGAUUUUGGUACUACUGAUGCAAGACAAGAUUUUAAAAGUUUCUAUAUUUUAAAUAUUUUUGAUAUAGUAUUUUAUUACGAAGCUUAUAAUUUUAGUAUAGAAUAUUCCAGAAUUAUUAGGUUUUUUAAUUUGGUUUGAUUUUAUUUUCCUAAUUUUAGGUUAUUUGCUUUGCAAGAAUUAAACUAGUUGAUUGUCUUCUAAUUUUUAGAUUUUUUGGUGUCCAAAAUUACUUGAACACCAAGUCUUAGGUUAUUGUAAAUACAUAUGUAAGUCUUGAGCAAAAUUAUAACUUUUGAUCAAUAAGUUUUUCUCUUCCUCGUGGAUUUAAGGUUUCAUAUUUCUUAUGGAUUCAAGACCCCCUUCAUCUACUAGAACAAUAUCUAAUUCUCGUGUGUAUUCCAAUGCGUCAUUCUUGGUCUUGGGUUUUUUUGAUUUGCUCACUAAUGUUACCUAAUGAUCAUAUCAAUUGUAUUGAUAUGUUUAUAAACUGAUGGGUGUUAACUUAUUGGCUGUCCACCAGUGCAUUUUGCAUGCAAGAAUAUAUGGAUUUUUCCAUCACAAGCACCAAAUGAACAAUGUGAUUGUGUUGUAUGAGAAAAUCUGAUGGAAAGAGAACUUUGAGGAAUUUGUCUGGCUCUAGAUACAUGCUUUGGUCUAGCUGAUUAUGGACUUGAUCGUCAUUGUCAUCAUCCUUCUCAACGUGAAUAGGUUUUUUGAAUUCUAUUGUACUAGAACAGUAAAACUACUUCUGAACUUUAGACACAUUGUGUUUGUGCUAUCUAGAUGAAAAUUAAAUAGGGUGUCCCACAAUGAUGAUAUUGACUGUAUGUUGUUAUGCAGCCUUGGGUAGAAUUCAAACCCAAAAGUUAGCUGUUGAAGUGAGGGUAUCCUCACGCUUAUAUAUUUAACAUUACUUUUGUUUGGUUUGGGAAUUGGCUUUUUUAGUGGCUUUUUGAUCUUUUACGAAAAAAGUAGAGAGAAUGGGUUGACUUUUUGUAGUGUUUUUUUGGCUUUUUGGCUAAAACUCCAGCUUCCCAAACAAGGCCAAGCAAUGUGGGACUUUGCUUCAUAGUUUCCCGUUCCUAUUAUUGAAGACUUGAGAGGUUUUCAUAUCUUGUCCUACAGGCUUUCUACAUUACUUAAGAGCAGUGGAAGGAUAUAGGGAGGACAGGGGAGGGGGCACCCCGUUUUUCCACUAGAAAAGGAUUGUGGAUCUCUGUCAUAAAGUUUUUGAUCUAUCAUCACCACCAUUACCAAAUCCAUAUAUGAAGAGAGAACAUUCCUUCAAUUGUUAUUCGUUACUUUUGCGUAUGCUAAUUGGUCUUAUACUCGAACUCAAUCCCAUCUUUGGAAAAAAAAAAAAUUAUGCACUUUGGAACUUAUACCUCAAUGAAAAUGAUUUGUGCAGUUGAUAUGCUCUAUUACAAACCCUAGAAAUCAUUAUUGGAAUUCAGGGAUUGGGAUUCUUGUGUGAACAGACCUGAGCCCUGGAUACUGUGACUUUUGGCUAUGAGCCAAAUGGGCACAUUU